AUGCUUGUCGGCGUAAUCCUCGACUUCUUUCAACCUGCUGGAAAGCGUAUCCGCUUAGGCGAGACAGUGCUGCAAGCUUUUGUAUGGGUCUCCGAUCUGGUGCUGGUUAUGGUUAUUGCCAGCCUGGUCAUCUAUAGGGGCUCUGCUCAGAUGGAGAGCAUGCAGCGGGUUCUUAACCAGUUGCAACAGAUCAAAUUCGACCUCAACAUGACUGGCCCAGCCGCGAAAACAGAGAAGAUGAAAAGUUUUGCUAUGAUCAUUAUGCUGUUGUGGAUGAUGUCAGUCAUGAUGACGGAUUUCGUUUUACAAUACCAAUUUCCAGGAUCACUGUUGGCUCUCCCGUCGCAAGCUGAAACUCUGGUUAGCCGUCUCGCUCUCUCUCACGAGCGUAUAAGCGACAUUAUGAGACAGAUGAACGACACCCACGGCCUGUUUCUAAUGAUCGUGCUUAUGUCCACGUUCUUGAGGCUCGUGCUGACUCCGUACUACAUGCUGAUACAACAAACAAACUCCGAGGUAUUUGGCGUGACAUUGUCACUGUUUUGGACCCUAGUUCAUGUAGCCAUCUUGAUUUUGACCAUAGAACCUUGCCACUGGACGCAUACACAGAGGCAGCACACUGCAACUCUGCUAGGCCAGCUAAUCGUGCACGUGGCUCCGAAAUGCGAACGGCUGUCUAAAGAGCUGGAUCAGUUUGCCAAGCAGAUCAUGCUUGGUAACGCCAAGUUUGCUACCCUGGGAGUCUACACCUUGGAUCGGAAGCUUAUGGCAACGAUUCUGGGCGGAGUUACAACGUACUUAGUGAUCAUAAUACAGUUUCAAACAAUUUCGUCACAAAUAUGA